AUGUUUAUUGUAAGAUUAUUUUUAUUUACAUUCCUUGGAAAUGUUACAUGUGAUAUGGAAGAAAAGGAAUUGGAAGGCAGUAUAUCGCAUCCAAUAAACCAAUAUUACGGAGACCAAUUUCCAAUCCAGUAUUUGGGGCCAGAAGAAACUGUACCGGACAUUGCUGAUUUAAAACAAUAUGUAAAAGGUUUAAGACGUGUAGUGUACUAUUUUAAUAAAACUCCAAAUAAAACAGAUUGUAAUAUAGCUUUAGGUUCAUUUUAUACUAAAGCUCUUCUAAAAAGAACACUGCAGGAUUAUGGGAUUAAGUUAAUACAACAAGAACGUGAAAGAAUUGUAGAUAUUAUAAAUAAAUGUGAAAAUAUUUUAUCCCAUUUUGUUUACAAGAAUUAUCCUUACGGUUGGGAAGACAUGGAAUUUAGAGUGUCUAGAACUUUUAAGGACGACAGCGCUCAAGUAUUUUCUAUCGGUGCCUUCAACAAGGGGCGACUGAAGCGAUGGCUCUUUAGUAAUAUUGCAAUGAAUGAUUACGUAGAAGAAAUGGAUAACGUUUCUCUGACAAAAAUGAAGUAUAUCGAGUUAACUGUGGAAAUGGACAAUUACUACAUUAGUUCGUUGGACUCAGAUAUAUGUGCAUCGCGGAUUGCGUAUGAAUCAGAACCUAUAGAUCUUUCCAAGCUGCAAUUGUGUCGACCCGACAAAUUUUGUUACAGCCGUCUGCACUCCUACCCUUCGGUCUCAUAUGCACUUAGCCAUAGACUUCUAAACAUAAUGAUGCGGCGUCACUUGCGACGCUGCUUCUUGAAGAAUGAGGAGCAUGAUGUAUCACAUAUGGACCUGCUGUGCGCCUUCAUGUACCGUGAGGCCGUAUACUUGGCACGACGUGGUUUCUUCGCCAGGGAUCUCUUUUUGGAACAUAUUGCCCUUUGCGGUAUGUUGGGCUACGAGGAAUUUCAACGUCGACGCUGGUUCAACAAAGCUCUAAGUUGGAUUAACGAGGAAGGAUGUAUCAAAGAAACACGCAACUUUGAUUUCAACACUACGCGUGUGUUGAUCAAACGCUUCGGUGAAAACGAUGCUUUUUCCAAGAAAUUACGCAAGCAGUUGCGCGAAUAUCUUUACGAAGAAUGCCAUACUCACCCUACGGCUUUAUUACUAGUAGUCUUGUCUCAUGGAAUUAGAUAUGCAGCUCAUUAUCUGCCAUUGCCAAGUGAUAAUGUUGAGAGUUCUUAA